AUGGCUUCCUUUGCCUAUACGACAGGAUCAACUAUGGCCGAUUUUAAGUCUCCAACCCCGUUUUGGCUUUCUGGAAGUACAACUACCAAUCCUGCUUACACAACCUGGGUACAGUACGAUCAAAUGAUACUCAGCUGGAUUAAUGGCUCUCUCACGCCGUCUGUGCUCUCGGUCGUGGCCAACAAGGGACCUCUCGUGCUACCUGGGAGGCUCUCGAGCAACAUUAUGCUUCUACAUCCCAGAAUCGCAUCUUUGAACGCUGCUCAGGCACGUGAUACUCCCAUCACGUACCCUACGCUUAAGGCGCUCUUACUGACUACAGAAAGGAGAAUGACUGAGCAAGCUGCUCCCCUUGUGGAGGUUGCUUCUGUUAAUGCUUUUGUCACUGCCAGAGGUCGUGGUGGACGAUUUCGUGGCAACGGACGAGGAAUAGUUCUAGCUGGAUGUGGUGGUGCUGCUGGACGUGGUGGUGUCAAUCCUCGCCCCAAUCCUUAUAAUAACAAUGUGAGACCUAAUUAUGCAAACAAUGGUGAAAGGUUUAAUGGUGCAGGUGAAAGGAUUACAUGCCAGAUUUGUGGGAAACCAGGGCAUCCUGCCCUAGAUUGCUACCAGCGAAUGAAUACUGCGUAUGAAGGAAGGGUCCCAGCCAAGAAACUCACUGCCAUGGCCACCUCUCCUAUUACUCUUAAUCGACAAACCAAUGGGCAGUGGUUACUUGAUACUGGUGCCAAUGCACAUGUCACUCCAGAUCUUCAGAAUUUGGUUAAUCCAAAAGAGUAUAACGGUAAUGAGAAUGUUGGUGGAGUAGGACCUCAAGACCCGGAAGACGCUUUUCCACGAGAGAUGUUACUCAUUGAAUGUCCACGAGACGAAUCUAUUUGUCUCGCCAUGUCCUAUUCGAUGAGGACACUUUUCCAUUCAAGGAACUCACAUCUUCCCUGGACAGCGUUGGAACCACAGUCCCUUCAUCAACCAAACACCAUAGCAUUUGAUAUUCCUAAUCCUACUAACCUGCUCUCCACUCCUGCCUUACUUGAUCCUCUAGCCACGGCAAACCCAAUGCCUUUACAAAUCUCUAGGCCUACCAUUUCAUCUUCACAUGAGCAAGAGGCAGUACCAGUUCCUGAACUGAACCAAUCCGUGCCAACUGAUACUCACGGUGCUCCGUCUUCCAAUCCACAGUCAAUCCAACCUCAAAGAAUGACUACUCGUUCACAAUCUGGCAUUCACAAACGUAAUCCUAAAUAUGCAUUGCAUGUUAAUAUUGAUCAUUCUCUUGUUGAACCAACCUGUUAUAGUCAGGCCUUCAAGCAACAUGAGUGGAGGAAUGCCAUGGUUCAAGAGUUCAACGCACUACAGCGUUGUGGUACCUGGAAACUUGUUCCGUAUCAUCCACAAAUGAAUUUGUUGCCUAACAAGUGGGUUUUCAAGCUUAAACAGCGUGCAGAUGGCUCAAUAGAAAGGUAUAAGGUGAGGCUUGUUGCCAACGGAUUUCAUCAGAAGCCUGGCAUUGAUUAUACAGAAACCUUUAGUCCUGUGGUGAAGCACAACACCAUACGACUUGUUCUUAGUCUUGCGGUUUCCAAACAGUGGCCUAUUAGACAAUUGGAUGUACAGAAUGCAUUUUUGCAUGGAUUUUUGAACGAGGAUGUGUAUAUGAGACAACCUGCUGGUUUUGUUGAUCAGGAAUAUCCUAAUUAUGUUUGCAAACUACAACGGAGUAUCUAUGGCUUGAAACAAGCUCCUCGUGCUUGGUUUCAUCGGUUCUCAGAAUUUUUGCUUCAAUUGGGAUUUGAAGCGUCCACUUGUGAUUAUAGUUUGUUUGUUUACAAUCACACAGUUCCUUGUGGCCAGAAAUUGAGUGCUUAUGAUGGUGAGCCACAUGACAGUCCAGACUUGUAUCGGAGUGUAGUUGGCGCGCUACAGUAUCUAACCAUCACCAGACCUGAUCUUUCCUAUGCUGUGAACCAGGUCUGUCAGUUCAUGCACUCUCCAACAACUACGCAUUGGACGGCAGUCAAGAGGAUACUUCGCUAUGUUAAAGCCACGUACAAUCAUGGUCUUCUGUACAAACCUGGUCUUUCACAUCUCACGGCCUUUUCCGAUGCUGACUACGCUGGGAAUCCUGACACUCGGCAUUCCACUGGUGGUUUCUGCAUUUACUUCGGCUCCAAUCUUGUGUCAUGGAGUUCUAAGAAACACAAAACGGUGUCUCGCUCGAGUUCCGAAGCUGAGUAUCGGCAGCUGGCUUACACAGCUGCGGAACUGUCAUGGCUAAAGUCUCUUUUCCGUGACUUAAAGUUACAUCUUGUUUGUCCGACCAUUUGGUGCGACAAUAUCUCGUCCAUUGCCCUAGCUUCGAAUCCAGUUUUUCAUUCGCGCACGAAGCAUUUGGAAGUUGAUUACCAUUAUGUUCGUGAAAAGGUGGUUCGUGGUCAGUUAAUGGUGAAUUAUAUUUGUUCUCAAGAUCAGAUUGCUGAUUUGUUCACUAAAGGCCUGUCUUCUUUGCGUUUCAAAUUUCUAGUUUCCAAGCUUUUAGUGGCUUCCCCCCCUGUCAGCUUGCGGGGGGAUGUUAGACCAAGUCCUACUCUGCCUACGGUUUCAAGAGUUUGUGAUCAAGGAUUUCAGUUCCCUGAUGUAAUCUUGAAUGAAUGCGGUGACAACUCUGUUUUGAUUUGCGCCUUUGAUCUUGAAAGUGAGCGCUUCCAAGAGUUGCUGCUGCCACCUUGUUCUUGGGAAAAACUUCUUAUCAGCCUUGGGGUCCUGAAAGGUUGGCUCUCCAUAUUUGUCCCCUCCAAAGGUAAUAUCAAUGUUUGGGUGAUGAAGGAUUAUGGUGUGAAGGAGUCUUGGACCAAAGAGCUUGUCCUUAAACAGGUGAUUUUGGUUACUCAGCUAGCUCUUCUGCUACCCAAGGGCUCCAUCCGGGCUGCGGUUGAUGGGAUACCAUUAAUGGUUGAAGCUUUUGUGUAUAUUCCAAGCUUUGUUUCUCUUAACGAUGCCAUCAUGGAUUUGAGUUCAAAGAAGUACGGACACGGAUACGGAUACGGCGAUACGAUACGACACGACACAGGGAUACAGGAUGCGUCCCUUAAUUAA